AUGGCAGGGACAGCGAGCUUGCUGGCGCUUCUGAACGGCGCAGGGCCAUCCCAGAGUAUAGCCGUGUCGGAUCUCUUCUCUCAACCGCAAGCUGCAUCGACGGCGAGUCAGGUCGAGUCUGGCAAAUCUAAGCAAGUACACGGAGCUCUCGGGCCCUCAUCCGACCAUGAGGGACUCGCUGCGGCGUCCAGUCACUUUGCACAGAUGACCCUAGAUGACGUGCUUGACGAUCUCAGCUCACGGUUCAUCGUCAAUCUGCCGGCAGAGGAGCUGCUAUCGGUCGAGCGGAUCUGCUUCCAAGUGGAACAAGCGCAUUGGUUCUAUGAGGAUUUCGUGCGCCCACAGCAACCGGCACUGCCGUCUUUCGACUUGCGGCACUUUACAACAGUCCUCUUCCAGGCUUGUCCUCUCCUUGCGCAAUAUGAUGCAGAGGAAGCGUACACAAACUUCUUGCGAUAUCGCAAGCGAGUUCCCGUCUGCGGCUCUAUCAUGCUCAAUCCGCAUUGCGACAAGGUAUUGCUCGUCAAAGGAUGGACAUCUGGCUCCACGUUUUCAUUCCCACGAGGCAAGAUCAAUCAAGGCGAAAGCGAACGAGACUGUGCCAUCCGAGAAAUUUGGGAAGAGACAGGCUAUGAUCUGAGGCCGCACAUCGACGCGUCCAUCGCACCGCAUCCGCAGAGUUCUAUUGCAUGCCCGCCACCGCUACCCGAGGGCAUCAGAGAUAAGGACUACGUCGAGAUAACGAUGCAGGAGCAACGGAUCAGGCUCUAUGUCAUAGCCGGCAUUCCUGAAGAUUUUGCAUUCGAGACUCGCACGCGCAAAGAGAUAUCUUCUAUCAAAUGGUUCGCCUUGACGCAAUUGCCGGCAUGGUCAGAGGAAACCAAAAAGACAGACAAAAAGUUCUAUAUGGUUGCCCCGUUCAUCAAACCGCUAAAAAGAUACCUAAAAGCCCGGAAAGCACCAAGGAGAAACGAAAAGCCUGCCAUCACGAUCUUGCAGAAGCCUACGCCGUCCGAAGCUACCUUGCCGAUGCCAGCCUUUUCCGACCUCGAAGAAGGCAACAGAGCAUUGCAGGCCCUCUUCUUUGGCACCAGUGAAGCUUCUCCUGCACUGCUGCGAAGCAAAGACCCUCCACAACGUCAGCCUGUCGCUUUGACAGCCCACUCCUCGCCCGCGUCCAAUCGUCCAGAACCACCGACCGAGACAGAUCUCGAGGACGCCGCCGAGCUUCCAGAGCCAGUCGACUCUGCUUCUGCCAAAUGGCUUGAGCAAGCGACAGCGUACAUACACCCUCGCGAUGGCUCCGUUGCGGCACCUCAGCCAAGUCUGCCACCGGUCCAAAGAGAUGCGCUGCUGCGACUGCUUGCAGCAGAAGAGCCUCCGCCGUCUGCGCCGGCGUCGGCGAUUAAAGUGAACGUAGCGGACUUGUUCAACGGCGCAAACCCUGCCCAAAUUUCGUCCAGUAAGCCGCCAGUCAGAACAGCGAGAUUGCCAUCACAGUCCUUUGCAACUGAGCAAGAGCGCGAUCUCAAGCGGGCGGAGUUGCUUCGAGACCUGGACAUACUCAUGCCAGUGCCGGCUGAGACAAGUAGAUCGGUAGCAAAGCAAGCGCCUAUGGCACCAUCUGAACCACCGAGGCAUCUGAGGCCCGAGACACAACGACCGGUUCUCUUCACGCCAUCCGCGCCAACUCAGAGUCAGUUAGUAUCGCCCGCUCAGCCUGUCAUUGGGCUUCCGCCUGCUUACCCUCAGCUGGGUGUCAUACCGGGACAAAGGCCGCCGCAGAACGGACAGAACGGCUAUGUUCCCAUCAGGCAGACGAGCAAUCCCAAUGCACGACAGUUGCCGCCUAUCCCUGGCAACCAGCUGGCUUGGCAAGUUCCGCCACCUUCGAACCAGAUGAUAAGCUAUGUCAACGGUCUGAUGAGACCACUCCCUCAUCAGGCGGCCAUCCUGCCGCCACCGCCGCCACCACAGCAGCAGCAGUCACAUCAACAAAUACCUCUUAAUAAGCAAAAGCCUCCAAUGCAGUCACAGCGGCCGCAUAUGCAAGCCAAUCAGGAGCCUCAAUCGUACGCGUUCCAGCGCUCCCCGCAGCAUCUGGCCGGGCAGCAGAUGUCUCCUCAGCAAGUGUCACCGCAGCCUCGCUCUAACCCGAACGCACCGUCGUUGCUUUCACUUCUCAACGCACCCAAACCGGCGCCCGUGCCCGCGCCAACGGCAUCUGCCGCUUCAGCGCAAGCUGUCAAUGCGAGCGCACUGCUUUCGCUCUUCGACAGAGCGCCGCCUGGCAUAUUGGCCGACGCGACGAGACCGGUCUAUCCUUCCGGCAGUCCAGCCGUGGCGGCCAUGCAAAGCAGUCGACCUGAUCUCCUGAGCAUCCUGUCACCUCAGACCAAGUUGUGA